AUGAAGUUCACCGGACUCGUCGCCUCAUUUGCUGUCGCCAGCACCGCCACUGCUGCUGCGGUGCCGGGCCUCAACACCGUCAAGCUUAACUCUACCGUGGCCCAACUCGACAAAGUCCUCGACCACGUCGACGGUGCCAUUCUUGGCCCCGACACCCAGGAAGUCCUCGCUGACACCAAGAACGGUACGGUUAUUGUAAACCAUGCCAAUAAAAGUCACGCUAACUGUCCAGAACUUGUCGGCAUUCGCAACCUCCUGAGCGACGUCCUCGGCGGAGUCGUCGACCUUGUGGGAAACACCGGUAUUGUACAGGAUGUCGUUCACCUGGCGGGCAACGUCGUCUCCAGCGUCGUCGACGUUGUGCAACCCGUUGUCAACGUCGAUGGCAUUGUUUCUAACGUCGGCGACCUCGCACACAGCCUCGUUGACCGCAUCCAGAGCGGCGAGGUCGACGCUGCCGGCCUUGAGAACCUUCUGACCGCCUUAGGUGGUUCUGCUGGUCUUUCCAAUCUCAACCACGUCAUCGCUGAGGCUGCGUAA